GUUUCUAGCAAAAUCGACGGGUCAUCUUCAAGCAGGACGGCUCGUGAUGAAAUCUGGUCGAACAUGAAGUGAUUUCAAACGUCGAACACUAGUCUCGACGAAGACCGCACUGUGCGGUUGUCAUGGAUCCGGGUUUGGCGAACCCCCAGGACGCGGGCGGGGCCGGCGGCGCGUCGUCCGCUGCUCUCGCGAGCCGGCUGAUGGGCGAUGAAGUGCUGAACCCCGCGGACUUGUAUCCCACAGAAAAAAGCUGGCAGGGCAUAUUUGUAAUGCAAAAAUUAAUACACAGAAAAAUCUGUCAUGGGCGGCCUCAUAGCAUGCUGCUUAGGAUACGCAGUGCAGAGUUUUUCGUGUAUUUAUUUUUGCAUUACAAAUGUGACCUGCCAGCUUUUUUCUGUGUGAUAACUUGGUCAUUUUGACCAAGCUGCAGGACGAUCUCGAAGGGUUGACCAAGCUUCGAAAUGUGGUCGCCAGCGGGGACGUCACGCAGGUUAAGAAGAUGCUGGGCACGAUGUCCAUCUGCAUCGACGUCCCGUGCUACGACGACUUUCACGAUUCCUUCACCACGCUGCUAGGUUCCUUUUCAGCUACCGUUUUUGCUUCGUUGCUUGAUUUGAAGGCACUUUAGGUCGAAGUCUGUGUAGUCAAAAUAGCUGAAAUCAAAGACCUUCCUGUAACCCAGGUUUUGUCGCGUCUCGGCCGCAACUGCGCAACGGCACAACCAUGCUGGAGCUGCUUUUGGAGCACGGUGCCUCCGUCAAUGCGCUUUCAGACUGCGGGCAGACGGCGCUGCUGCUUGCGUGCGCGAACAAGAACGUGGCGGCCGCGAGGCUGUUGCUUUCUCGCGGGGCCAGACACGACAUUGUGGACCACUACGGCUGGAGUCCGCUUUGCGCGGCGGUUUCCCUGUCUAGCGCAAAAAAUCCGGGUUCCGGCGGGGCAACUCAUGGAGAGCAGAUGUUCUCGGUGAUUUUGGUGGAGCUGCUGCUCUGGUAUCACGCAGACAAGAACGGCACCUUCGAGGACCGUGCCGCGGUGAAGGUGGCGAAUAACGGCUCGAGGACCACCUCAAACUCUUUAGGAAUCAGCAAAAUCCCGAUGGUAAUCGCGAUCGAGCACGACAACUACCUGGGGCUCCAGGCACUGCUCCUCGCCGGCGCCAGUCCCGCGCGGGGGCCGACGUUAUUGACCGCACUGAAGUUGCCGUCUGCUUCGAACGAGGUGAUGCUGUCCGCCCUCUGUUCCGCGGGCGCGGACCCCUUUGUGCGGGACGAGGACGGGAAACUCCCGGUGCAGGUUGCCUCCACGGUGUUCGGGCCCCAGGACGACCGAACAUUACUGCUGAACGACUACAUGCGCACCUGGGAGAACCUGUUCGGCAUGGAGCCCAGCGAUUGGAAAACGGAGUUGGCGGAGAUGCUCGAGAAGGAGAAGCAGGAGCAGCAAGCUUUAGCCUUGGAGAACGCGGCGCUGGGCGGCGGCGGCGGUUUCGGCUCUUCCGGCAGUGCCACGGAUUUGGAGGCCGGCUUAUCGAUUUCGUCCCCCGGCGCGGCCGCGAAGCUUUCCGGCACUUCCUCCGGCGCAACCACAACGCCGCAAAACCGCGGCCCAACGAUGUCUUCCUCGUCGCCGAGCAAGCACUCGAAAGGAACAACAAGCGGUUUCUCCAACUUGAUAUCGUCCCCCAUCUCGGUGAUUGCCACGGUCUCGCCGUUCAAUCGGAACAAUGCCGCCGGGUCGGGGAAGCAGUCCGCGGUUUUACUCCAACGGGAACCGCAAGUGCUGCAGGAGCUGCGCAACCUGGUGCGCAGCUGGGAGAAGCCGUCCCGGGAAAUGCAAAAGGACCCCACGUUCCAGAUGGUCAUGCUGCUCACCCUUUUGAUCGCGUUGUACUUCCCGGAUCUGUGGGUGGUGGGCGACGUGGCAAACACCACGGCGCUGGACGUGCUGCUCGGCUUCGUCAUUGGCGCGUUUCUCUUCGAAAUAUCCGUCCAGUGCCUCGGGACGGUUGGGUAUACCUACUCCUUUUUCUUUUGGAUGGACUCCCUCGGAAUGCUCUCCGUCGUCGCAGACUUCAGCUUCGUCGCGGAGGCAACCUAUUCUCAGGUAGAAGAGUACUCAUGGCUGCGGCUACUUGUUGUUUUUCAUAGACACACCCACUACUUGUACUACUAUAGUUGUGCUUGUUUUUCUGUUGUGAAGUGCUUGUUUGUAGUUGCAAGGUGCGGAGGUGCGAGAUGAAUAAAGCUAGGCAAACAAAUGUUCAUCUUCCUAAAUGCAAUUUUUAUCAGAGUGAGGACGGUGACGCGACCAUCAUCCUGGUAACCAGGAUGUUUAAGCUAGCGGCGCGUGCCGGGCGGUUCUUUCGGCUGGUCAAGAUCUUGAAGAUGCUGCCGGGCAUGCGCCAGACCUCCGAAUACGCCGGCACGGCUCGGAAAAUUUCCGACCGACUACAUGCAGCCGUCUCGAUUCGGGUCUCCUUCGUCAUCAUUUUCAUGGUGAUUCUCAUCCCCGGUCUGCUGAUCGUGACGGUGCGACUGGCGGAACAGGACUUGUCCCUUCUCGUCUGGCCGGAUCUGGUUGCGCAGACGCAGCUGACCGACACGCUAAGCAAGAGCGCCGAAAUGGCAAGGUUCUUUUCCAAGGAGGAGUUCUACCCUUACGAGCUGGAAAGGAGAUUCUACUGGGGCACCACGGAACCGGUCUGGGAAUCCAAGCCGUACUACCGCGAGAUGGUUGUGUACCCCGGUACCGAUAAUAUUUCGGGACCCGGCGCAACGCACUACCUCGAAACCUUCGGCCGGGACGGCAGCAGCGAACCGAAUGAUAGGAACAUCGUAUUGACCUGUGGUGUUUGUGUUUGAUGAAUCAUCCUACUCCAGGGACUUCUUGCAUCUAACUUUCAACGAGUUCCGGCGCUUGAAGGCGUAGUUUUUUUCUGGGGGUCUUGUGGUUUUUUUCAACUCGCUUCUAAUAUCGUGACAUUACCCGCCCUCAAAAAUAUGAAUAUGUCAGGUUGUUCGCAAAAGUGAUCCCAUCCUGUUUACCAGCUCUGAGUGGAACACACUUCACCCGACACUGGAGGCAACUGACAAGCUCGGCCCCGCGCCAUUGGGAAAUAGCACGCACGCGUACAGUAUCGCAAAAGUGCGGUACAACUUCACAUACACACACCAGCUUGACUCCGGAAUGAACAUGGUCCUGAUUGCGCUCAUCAUGACCCUUCUCGUGGUCUUCAGUAUGGCCUUGCAGGGCGUCAUACAGAAAGUCGUGCUCUUGCCACUCGAGAGUUUACUGAACCAGGUACCAUUUACUUUAUCGCUUCACAACUUCACCAUUCCCGUUGGCAUUGCUGCCUCGUGUUUUUGGUCGCUGUCGCAAUAGGUUGUGGUUGCCUAAUGAAGCAAGUGACUUCUGACCAAGUGCAGCAACCUCCUGCAGAUCAUCAUCAUCACAAUUUUUCCAGGUCCGCGACCUGGCUGCGACCAUGUUCAAAAGUGUGAGCGACAUGUCGUCGGCAAUAAAGCGGGACGACGACGAGGACGACGAUCUGGAGGAUGAAAUCGACGACGAGGAGGAUGAAAUGGAGUUUGACGGCAGUCUGAUGGAAACCGCACUGCUGGCGAAGAUUGCGUCCAAACUCACUCUUUUGACUGACAUCACCAUGGCGAAACAAAUGAAGGAUCAGGUACUCCACUGGUAGCGUUAGCGUAGAAGUAACUCAGUCCUCUGUGUUUUUUUUUCUCGCAACAGAAUGAAUAGAAUACAGUUCACAAUGAUGAAAACGAAAAGACCACUACUACUCGCUUCUUUGUGUGUAGCGAGGAUGCAAAAGGGCCGCUAUACAUAAAACUCGUUUCAUCUCUAGCUGGACGACGAGAUCCAGCAGUACACGGCGACCGCGGUGUACAAGCAGAAAACGAACAAGACCGAAGAGGAGGAGGAGAUUCGCGACGAGGAAUUCCUCCGGCUGCAGCGGGUCGCGCUGAUGCAGGCCGGUUUGACGUUGGAGGACGUGGAGUCUUUCGAGUUCAACCCGCUCGAGCUGGACGAUUUCCAGACCUACGCGGCGGUGCUGUGGUUCUUGCAGGGCGACGCCAUGAACCUCGGUGGGUUCAUCAAGGACACGCUGAAGAUCGACGAGCGGCGGAUUCAGCGGUUCCUGGAGGAGAUUUCGGGCAGGUACGUGAACACGAACCCCUACCACAACUGGCUGCACGCCGUCGACGUCGCCCACGGCGUCUACAGCUUCCUAAACCUGUGCAAGACGCGGGACAUCUUCUCCAAAUCCGAUCGGUUCGCCAUGCUGCUGUCCGCGGUUUGCCACGACGCCGGGCACCCGGGUUACAACAACCCGUUCCUGGUACAACAAAUAGGAAUAAAGAGAUCUGUGAAAGAGCAUCUUCAUGCGUUAAGUCAGCAUCGAAAUCGCAAUUUUUUGUGUAAGUAAGUAGAAGUCGUUGUCGUUGCAUUUGGCUCCUAGUAUUUCGGAAAAGUAGCAGAUGCAGAUCGAAAUCGAGUGAGAGUUUGUGGUAAAAAAGUCUAUUAUCUUCAGGUUGAAAGCAACGACCCUCUCGCGCUGAAAUACAAUGACAAGUCGCCUUUGGAAAACAUGCACUGCUCCAUCAUGUUUGAGGCGGGUUUCGUGAAUCCGGAGACCGCGGUCUUUGCGAACUGCAGUAAGGCGCACUACAUGGAGAUUCGUCGCGUCAGUAUCGACGCCAUUCUGCACACCGACAUGAUCAACCACUUCCCGAUGGUGUCGCACAUCAAACUCCUCCACGAGGAAAACAGCGAAAUUAUCCAGUUGGUGCAACACGAGUACUGGCAGCUGCAAAGUCACAGCUACCAGUCCGGGGCGGCGCUCUCACUGGGCCAGCAGUCGCAAUGGGAACUGCCCGCGGAGGCAGUGGAGUUCUGGAAACAGCCGGAAAAGGCGGCUUUGUUGCGGAAUUUGAUCCUUCACUCAGCGGACAUCAGCAAUCCCAUGAAGCCCUUCCCGAUUUGCAGAGCGUGGGCUUAUUUGGUACUUAUUCGUGUUCGUAAAGAGCUUCAAUUUCGUUUUGUUGGAAACCACUUCGCCAGCGCAUACUUAUUUCGUUGUUUUCUUUCGACGUAAUUCCCGCCCCUGAUCCGAUGGCGAGCUUUCUUUCAAAAACACUUGUUCGUCCACAGGUUCUCGAGGAGUUCUUUCUGCAGGGAGAUUUGGAGAAGUCGCGAGGAUUAACCGUGCAGAUGCUGAACGACCGGGAGAAAGUGAAAAAGCCGCAGAGUCAAAUGGGAUUCAUCGAGUUCGUUGUGGCGCCACUGUACUUCCAGUUCGCCAUCAUCAUGCCCUCUACGUACACGUGCGCGGAGACCAUUGUGAGCAACGUGCGACAGUGGGAGGCAGAAUGGCUGGAAGAGCAGGAGCCCACAGAAGAGGAACAGCAGGGCGUCCACAACCGCAUUUUGAAUCUCGAAACUGCCCUGGCUAAUACGAGGCAACUGCCGCCGUGAAAUACUUCUUAACCAGGGCAGAAAAGCAUUGGCGGUACUUACCAUGAAUUACGCCGCUAAUCGCUUCGAGAGAACAUUUUCGAAGUUUCAAGUCCAUUUCGCAUUUCAUCAGAGUAUGCUAUGUAAAACAACAAGUAGAGUGAGUCUCACAACAAGUUCAAGUUUCGUUUAUAGACAACUCAAGCAAUAAUUUACUCAGAAUGUCCAAAGAAAUGCCUCUUUACAAAGUUUUUUCAAAUGUUUCUUUACGUUACAAUCAACCUGAAGACAUGCAGUAGAAAUUCGCGGAAAGUUUAUGUUGUACUCCUGUGCAGCCACAUUUUUUUAGAAGUUUCCAAUGACAACUGUUUUGCGGUGCAGAGUAUCACAAACACUUUUAACACACCAGAGCUUUUCGACCAGCUAGUCCACCAGCUACCGGCAAUAGAUGAAUGUCGUACGAUGGCCAAAAAAUCUCACGUGUACGUACGAAAGACCUGUACAAUGGCGGUUUCAUUUUGGACAAUGUCAUGUACUUACCUCUACUCACCAUUCCAUCAUUUUCCCAGUGCGGCCGAUAGGCACACACAUCUCGUGGUCGUAGCGGCGCUUUUCUGUUGUACUGGC